GAAGACAAAUAAAUUUAAAUUUGUUUUCUAUGUAAAUAUAGCUUUCGGACAGAACAAAUCACAUCCUAUUUACGAAACUAUUGUCUGGUCGAUUAUUACCUGAAGCAUUAACAACUAUUUUGUUAGCUGGGAUUAUCCUGUCAAACUCUAAACUAAAUUGAACUCAAAAAUGGGUUUCACCAUAGUCAAGAAAGCAUCCUUGGUAUAUGGGAUUGUCUUGGCAUUAGUUCUCCGAAUUAUAAUACCCUUUAGUGUGGGAUCAAAGGCCUUGAACGAAUGCGACAAAUGUACUGCAGCUGUAGUUACUUAUUACUCAUCCGUCAGUAGGAUAUUGUUUAUCCUUACCACUCUGCUUAUAUUCAGUAUUAGCUUAGCUAAUCGCACUGCUGAUUGGAUUUCUUUAGCGUAUAUACCUCUGCUGAUAUAUGUGAUUCGCUGGACGUCUCUCACUUUAUUUAAGCAAUUGAAAAACGUAGCAGAUAGUUACGAUGAAUUCAUGAAUGAGUUAAAACAUCAGUGGUGGGACUUUUUUAACAACAACAAUACAUAUUGGCCUAAUCUGGAAAAGAAGCUCACAUGUUGCGGAUUGGAAGGACCUCGUAGCUAUAUGGAGUAUCUACACAAAGUUCCUGAACACUGCUAUAAUCCCAAACUGAUUACUCUGGGCUGUUGGCAAUUGAUGCACGAUAUAUUUGAACCGAUGCCUAGAAUUGGAUAUUAUUUUCGCAUUAUUACACUAGCUAUGGAGCUAUGCGUAUUAAUUUUUUAUGGAUUUAUUGUGCUCAAGAAGCUGAUCAGUUUGUUGGUUGCUAGGUGGCGUAACAAAAGAGGGUUUUCUAAGCCAUCGUUAAAUAAAUCCAAUUGAAAGGGCUUUAUGCAUUCGUAUAUUUAUA